UACAUACAUGUGUUUGUAUGUUUGUAUGUAUACUUUAUUGGUACAAAUUCAUGCGCGUUUUAAAACGUACAUGUUUCGCGUUUGAUUUUCGUUGCAACUUGGAUUGAUCGUCAUUAUUUUAAAAUGAACAACUGGUUUAAUAAAGCGAUCUACGAUAAUGCUGAAAGAUUAUACUAUGAGGCAAUUGAUGCAGGCAAACUAGAACGAGACAUUUGUAAAUCCACCUGUACCGGCCACAUUAUUACUGCGCCAAAAAAAAUAAAAAAACGUAAGGCGAUGGCCGAAAACCAACAGCAACAACAAAAGAAGUUAUUAUACUUAAAUCCCCUAACACUGGAAGCGAACUUUUUUCUGGAAACACUGGAAGAAGUUAAUCGCCAAAAUCAACUUCAAUUAGAUCCACAUUUGACGCAUUUGCUAGAGCGCAUUGUUGUUGGCAUUGAAACAUUUUUGGACAAGAAGCCUACGUACAUAGUAUCCAAGGCAGCGCAACAGGUCUCUCAAGAGCAUCCGAAUACAACAGAUGCUGGCGGACUAACCUUUGUGCCGCCCCAUGAGUUGCUGAAAAUCAAGAGAACAUUCAACUGCACUGCCUGCACGCAUCGUAUUGUGGGUACAACAAUUGUCAAAGCGGUCGCCCAUUUGGCUGAACAACAUCCGAAUCCGAAUUCGAAUGCAAAUUCGUACCCUCUUUCUGCACAAAAUGGUAACAUCAAUGAUCAGCGACCGACAAUGACGAAGCAAGAGAAAAAACGCGCAGAGGUGGAAGCACGCACCAAGUUAAGUGUAAAUCUGCCGAAAAAGGUUAAGGCUUUGGCACUGGACGAUAUGAGUGAUAUGCUUCGGGAUAAAUAUCAGAUUGCGGACAAGCUAAAAGUAUUGCCGCAAUAUGAUGACAUUGAGGAGGAUUUAUGCAAGCUAAUAGCGCCUGCGUUUGUCAACAAACCUAUUCGAAUAUAUAAAUUUGGAUCACGGAUAACGGGUAUUGGAACCCGCUCAUCAGAUUUGGAUGUAUUCGUAGAUAUCGGCAACAGCUUUCAUCUCUUCGAGCACCGAGCUGGCAAGAAUACCAUUGCUAAGCUCCGGGUAUUGCGUGGAUUGUUCGUUGACAGCGAUGAAUGGCGUAUUAUCAAUGUCAUAGAACAGGCGCGUGUACCUAUAAUUAAAACGUGUCACCUAUCAUCUGGCAUUGAGUGUGAUAUAUGCUUAAAUAGCUUGGGUUUUUGCAACACAACUUUACUCAAGUAUAUAUUCGAGACGCAGCCACUAACCCAGUACAUGUGCAUUUUCUUGAAAACCUGGCUGGAGAGAUGUAGACUUACAGAACAAAUAACAACAUAUAGUAUGGCCCUAAUGGUUAUCUAUUAUUUGCAAAUCAGACAAUUGCUUCCAUCGAUUGCAUUGCUUCAGCAGUGGGAAUCAAUGUCUGCUAAGCAGUUUGUGGGACCUUGGAUUACUAACUUUCAACAAACGUCACUCAAUGAAUUGGGAAUGCAGCAUAUAGAGGUCACCAUGCCCGUUCUCAAAGAGUAUUUAAAGGAUCUGUUAAAGUUUUAUGCAACUUUUAACUAUGAACGGAACAUGGUUUGCCCAUACUUUGGGAAGAAACAUAUAUUUAUUUCACGCAUCGAAAAAGAGAUGCCAAAAAGGUAUGCGGAUUAUGCAAAUCAAAAUCCAGAAUGUGCAUUACAACUUCGGAAGCCAAUGGUCGUUCAAGACCCCAUACAAUUGAAUCAUAAUGUGACAAAGGCUGUCACGAAAUAUGCAUUACAGAAAUUUAUUGACUACUGCGAACAAACGGCAUCGCUGCUCUGUGGUACUAUAUAAAACUCAUUCAUAAAGUUCUUCAAAUUAUUAAAUGAUAAUUGCCGUGAUAGAAUAAAACAGA